AUGGAAAAGACUCACCUUCGUCGUCAUGGAGCCGCCGAAGAGAUCAUUGGAGACCUGAUGGAACGUACCCCAUGCGGCAGAAUCUUUGUUCAGUCGUCUGGCUCCUAUUCAGGCUACGUCCAGGGUACUCGUGACGACAGUGGACGAUACUUUGUCAGUCCAGACCUAGACAGCGCGCUCAAAGUCAAGUUUCAGGACCAGACCAUCAUUCUCGAUCACGAGUUUCAAAACGGUUUCCCCCGGCUCGGUGCGACCUUUGGGCUCGUUGUGGAUUCGGCAGUGGGCCAAGACAAUAUGGCUGGCAAUAGCUUCAACUAUGCCUACAUCUCUGCCACUGGAGAAUUGCACAAGGCAGGCGAUCCGGCCACUACCGACUCGAGCUCGUUCAAUACUGCUUUCGGAACAAAUCAACACGUCGAGUCUGCCAUUUUUACGCUCGGCGACAAUGGAGAGAUUCUCGCGAGUUGGACCAAUACGAACGGACAGACAUUGCCGGUUCAGUUUGCGAUGAGCUUGAACCGCCAGCUCGUCAUCUCUGCCAACUCGGGAGCGUACAGUGCAAGGUUUGGCGGUGAAAGUGCGCCCUCUGCGCGUCUGUUCUGUCGGGCAAACGACCACCCGUAG